AUGCCGCGAUCUUCUGGUUCCAGCAGCGAGCGACGGCUUCGCUCAGCCACCCCUUCCUUGCCUCAGAAAAAAUCUGUUGCUUUCCUCGACCGCAUUCUUCAGGAGAAUGCAGAACUACGUGCCCGUCUGCCCCCCUCCGAGUCACCUCCCGUCAAUCCUGCCUCGACCCCCUCUCAUCAUGGCCCGAUGCCGAACGAUGACGAAGACGCUGCUCAGAACCAGAUCCUAGAGGAGAGCGACUGGUUUGCUCACACCAGGAGUUCCGACACACCCAUAUGGAUUGGCGAAAUUGCUGAUGCCGCGUUUGCUACUCGCUUUCGCCAGUUUGCUUCCUCUUCCAAGGCACCGAGUCAUAUCCCUCGCACUCAGUUUGCUUCUGAUGAUGCUCUACGUGGUCUCGCGGCAACAGCCCCGCCAUGGCCUUCGCCUGCUUGCGCCAGGCUCUUAAUCGAGACAGCACUCCAGUUUCUACGUCACAACUACCAUAUUGUACGACGGAGCGAGGUUCUCGCGUUGAGUACAGGUGGCUUUGACCAUGUCGGCCACGGGACCGGCCCGGCCUCUACAGCCAAGAUGUGGGCGCUGUUUGCCAUAGGUGAACUGCGAUCAAGCAAAUGCCUAAACAUGAAAAAUAACUUCCCCGGUUUGGCUUACUUUGCGGUUGCGAGUGAUGCCGUUUCAUGUGCCUUUGUAGGCUCUGCCUUGCGACUUGCGACCAUCAUGGGCCUCCAUGUCAACAUCGGCCAUGCCUAUGUUCCAGAUCCCGAGCUGAGGGAGCACCGUGUUCGUGUCUGGUGGUCAGUCUACGUUCUCGAAAGGUUUCUAUCAUCAAAGAUUGGCCUACCACUACUGAUAUCAGAUGAUGAUAUCUCAGUCGACCUGCCAUCGACGAACCCAGCUCUCAACUCUUCAGACUUUGGCGACCACCUCCAUUUUAUGGCCGUGGUGCGACUUGCUAAAAUCGCAGGGAACAUAUCCAGAUCACUCUACGUCCGAACACCUCAGCGUGGGACGUUCCUUCAACGGGUGGAAAACAUUCGAGAGGAGCUUAGUCAGUGGAGAGGCCAGCUUCCCGAACAUAUGAAGCCCGAUUUCACUCGUGGGAGUGGCAGUAACAUAUAUUCUCAGCCUGUCACGUCUCCUCUACAACUCACAUUCAACCAGUUGUUUAUCCUAGCAACAAGACCAGUGCUACUCUUCGUAUUCCGACGUCACAUCGAAGGAAGUGUCGCGACUACAGCAGACAGCAGUCUUCCUGGCCAUGCAUUAGAGAUUGCUGACGCUUGUAUUCACUCUGCGAGACAAUCCUUCCAACUAUUGUCUCAAUGCUGGGUGAACGGCGACUUUCACGUCUUCAAUUAUUCAUAUGUUCAACAUCUCUUUUCAGCUGCCGUCAUUCUCGCAGUAGCUGGCACUCUAGAUCGAGAAACUUCGCAGAACGAUAACGAUGAGUUCAAUCUUGCAUCAGGCUUCCUCCAGCAACUGGAACAGAAUGGCCAUUUCGCCGCGAUGGAGUUUUACUCUCACAUCAAGGAGAUUCGAUCUACUCUAGAGAGACUGCAUUCGACAGAUGGUUCCCUCCUUACAUCCGAGAACUCUGGGUCACAGCCCUCUGUACAAACUUUCCAAUCGACAUUCAGUGACCAGACCAUGGCAGCAACUUCACAUGAAGAUGGUCAUGGCCUUCAGUUUGUGGAUGAUUUGCCUUUAGAUCUAUCGUUCCUUGAUGAUUGGAUUUACGAAAAUGCUCUUCAACAACUGUGUUGGGAGGAGCAUUUGCCCAGUAAUGAUUAG